AUGGGUUUAGAGGAUAUUUAUGAAAAUGCUAAACGUAAAGAUAUUCAGAACAAAACUGGACCUCAAACUCAGAGUCACGCCCAGGAUGAAGAUAAAGAUCAAAAGCGCAGUGGAAGUAGAUGUUUGGUGUUGAUGACAGUGAGUCUCUGGCUCAUUUGUGUUCUUCUGCUGGUCUUCAUCAUACUGCAGCACAUCACCAUCACAGCAGAGAGAGACCUGAUAAAGAGUUACAAGAACACAGUUGAAGAGUUCAAUCAAACCAUCAACAGCUUACAGGGCAAUUACACUGAUCUAAUGAUUGAAAAACACCAACUGCAGAACAACUUCAGCUUUUCAAAGAAACUGGAGCUGGAAACCAAAAGUGAGGAACUAAAGGAAGAAGCAUCUAAACAAGGUUGGUUUUUCAUGUCCAGUGAGUUGAAGAGCUGGUCUGACAGCAGGCAGUACUGCAGGGAUCGUGGUGCUGAUCUGGUCAUUAUCAAGAGUGAAGAGAAGCAGAACAUCACCAUCACAGCAGAGAGAGACCUGAUAAAGAGUUACAAGAACACAGUUGAAGAGUUCAAUCAAACCAUCAACAGCUUACAGGGCAAUUACACUGAUCUAAUGAAUGAAAAACAUCAACUGCAGAACAACUUCAGCUCUUUGAGUCAGAAGAAACUGGAACUGGAGACCAGAGUGAAAGAUCUCACUGCUGAGAAAGACCAGUUACAGAGAAAUGUUGACGUUUUGAAUCAGAAGAAACUGGAGCUGGAGACCGGAGUCACUUCUCUAAGUUCGUUUUUCAUGUCCGAGGAGAGGAGCUGGUCUGAAAGCAGGCAGUACUGCAAGGAUCAUGGUGCUGAUCUGGUUAUUAUCAAGAGUGAAAAAAAGCAGAGGAAUAUAUCUUCAUUCACCAAGGAGAGAGUGUGGAUUGGUUUGUCUGACAUACACCAGGAGGGCAACAUGAAAUGGGUGGAUAAUUCACCACUGAAUCUAGGGUUUUGGCUUAAAGGUGAGCCAAAUGGUCAAGGAGGAAAUGAGGACUGUAUUGAACUGAUGCCUUCACAUCCUGUCCUGAACAACUGGAAUGAUUUCCUAUGCUCAGAGAAGAGAAAAGGGAUUUGUGAGAAAUAG